CCUCGGGCAGCCAGGUACGUAGCUCCGAGGCCCGGCUCGCGCUGCGGUGGGAGCGGGCGGGCGGGCCGUCAGACCCGGUGCCGCUGGGACCCGAACCCGGAGUCCGCUUAGGGCCCGGCAUUGUGCGAAGCGGCCACGUCUGAGCCCCGGGGGCUGACCUGUGCUGGGGAUGUGGCCCUGCAGCCUGGGCCAGGAGAUCCCCUCCCAAGCUCUCGACCCGUGGGUGAGCGCCGCCUGGACCUCGUGAGCGCCUUCGCAUCAGGAAGCGCCCGCCCUUGCCAAAGCCGCGAAGGGUUGGGGUGGGCGCCUCUUAGCUUGCCCCAUCCCGAUUUGAGGUCUGUCGGCGCUGCCUUUCGGCGCGAGCAUCCAGGAUGGGCACCCCAGCCUCUGUGGUGAGUGAGCCGCCCCUUUGGCAAGCUCCAGCCGAAGCCCGGGGCCGCAAGCAGGCCUCGGCCAACAUCUUCCAGGACGCUGAGCUGUUGCAGAUCCAGGGCCUGUUUCAGCGCAGUGGGGACCAGCUGGCUGAGGAGCGAGCACAGAUCAUCUGGGAGUGUGCAGGAGACCACCGUGUGGCAGAAGCCUUGAGGAGGCUGCGUAGGAAGAGGCCCCCCCGGCUGAAACCACUGGCCCACUCACUGCACCACUGCAGCCGGCUCAGAAUCCCCGAGCCCUGCGCUCCACUGGCCAACCCACAGAGUGGUAGCACGGAGACAGCUUCUGGUGAUCAGUAUCUGAACUCCAGGAGGACAAGUGCCAGGAUCCGCCGGAACUGGAAGAAGCCAGGCCCUACAAGCUACCUCCAUCAAAUCAGACACUGAUCCAGGGAAGGAGCUGGGAAUAGCAUUAUCUUCCCCAGGAAUUACAGGGACUUUUGCCAAAAGGCCCAGGAGGUAAAGAAGGAGGAGAGACUGGAGACAGAUAGCCCCACAGGGGUAAAUGAAAGACUACUGCCACUGGCCUGCUCCAUUUGGAACAGGACUGGAAAUGUCUCCUGAGCUCUAGGUUAUAUGGGACCCAUUCCUCACCAGAAUGAGAAGAAACCGCGCCUCAGCUCUUCCCAUCUAACAGUACACCUGGGCUGCAUGAUAUUCCCCUAAGUGUUGGACACUCACACUGAGCAUCUCACCACUCCUGCUACUAACCCUCCUGUUCCUGCUAUAACCCACAGUCCAGCAGCCUGCCCACAUCCCUGCCCCUGUCAGGCUAGCACAAGGAAACUGUGGUUUAAGUGGCAAAAUAAAAACAUUUGCAUCAAUAA